ACCCUCCCAGAGCCUUUAUCAGGGAGCUGAUCCUGCCACAUUCCCAGAUCCCCUCUACUCCCGCUUCUCUCUUCACAGCGGCGGCGGCAGCAGCUUUGUGGAGAUCAGGGCAGUAAUCCGGCCAGCUCCCUGAUUCUGCUAGACCCUCCCGCGGUAGGCACCACGCGGCUCCACAGCACCAUGCGGAGCGCCCUGCUGCUGGCAGCCGUCCUGGCCCUCAGCCUGGCUCUCGGGGCCGUCGGUGAGGAGUCACAGGAGCAGGUGGUACCCAAUAGGGACCACAAAGAGAAGAAGGUCCCGAACAUCGAGGAGCUGCUCAAGGUGCUCACUAACCACAACUCCGUCUCCGUGGUGGAUGAACUGCUCAAGGCUCUGAGCCAGGCGAGCAAGAAUCCUAAGAAACGGUCCUUUCUCCAGAAACGCGACAUGCACGACUUCUUCGUGGGGCUCAUGGGCAAGAGGAACGGCCAGCCAGGCCCGCCUGCUGAGGGGACCCCCGAGGGCGCCCCGCGCUCCGGCAGCCUCCCGUACCCCGCCAACGCCAACGUGGAAUGAGAUGCCCCUCCCGUCUCCUCUGCUCCCCCAGCUGGCGGUUGGUGGGAGUGUUACCAGACAGAAGAUGUGAUUUCACUUUUUUGGUCCUCGGCACUCUGUUUCCAUUCUCCUGGCUGCAUCGUGAACAACCCCCGUCACCCCCUCCUAAUCCCCAAGUGCAUGCUCUCCAACUUCCCUUCUCUCCCCAGCCUGCACCCUUGUGCGGAGCCUCCUUCCCCGUCCCUCUACCCAACGCUGCUGUGGACAGUGCACUGUGACCCCCCACUUCCAGCUGGCAUUGACAUAUA